AUGCGUAGCUCCUCGACGCGUCGCUUAACGCGUCGCUCCUCAUCGCGUAGCUCCUCAACGCGUCGCUCCUUAAUCGCUCUUCAUCACCGUCUCUCCUCAACACGUCGCUUUUUAACGCGUCGCUCAUCAACGCGUCGCUCUUCAACGCAUCGCUCCUCAACGCGUCGCUUCUCAACGCGUCGCUUCUCAACGCGUCGCUCCUUAACGCGUCGCUCCUCAACACGUCGCUCCUCAACACGUCUCUACUCAACGCGUCGCUCCUCAGCGCGUCGCUCCUCAAUUCGUAGCUCCUCGACGCGUCGUUUAACGCGUCGCUCCUCAACGCGUCGCUCCUCAACGCGUCGCUCCUCAACGCGUCGCUCCUCAACGCGUCGCUCCUCAACGCGUCUCUUCUCAACACGUCGCUUCUUAACGCGUCGCUACUCACGCGUCGGUCCUCAACGCCGUCUCUCCUCAACACGUCGCUUUUUAACGCGUCGCUCCUCACUGCGUCGCUCUUCAACGCAUCGCUCCUCAACGCGUCGCUUCUCAACGCGUCGCUCCUUAACGCGUCGCUCCUCAACGCAUCGUUCCUUAACGCGUCGCUCCUUAACGCGUCGCUCCUUAACGCGUCGCUCCUCAACGCGUCGCUCCUUGACGCGUUAA